AGUUUUUAGGUUUUUAUCCUGAUUAUUUAAAAUAAGCAAGUCCUGAGGCAGCGGGUAUAUAAAUUAAAUAACGUACAGUAAUUCAGUUAGUGUUUUCAAAAAGUGAAUUAGUUAAUUCUUCAAGAUCUUUACGAAAUUUGUAUUAUCCAAAAUCAAAAUGCUGUUUACUGCAGUAUUUAUUUUGUUUUCUACGUCUCAACUAAACAAAAAUUAACGAAAGAACGACAAGAAAAACAUUCCGUUACUUUCGCUACGUUCAUCGCUUUGGCUGGAGGGAGCUAGCCAGUUUAUGUCGUGUGUCAGCUUAAGAUAGAAAGGUACAGCUGCUGGUGAAAGGUAACUGGCAAACAAUCGACCAGCAGAAAGAAGAAAGCCAUCUGCCACGCAACGGUUGCAGAUUGUCUACCAAUUUUGACGUAAAACGGUUCAGUCGCCAGCUCGGGUCGUUGGGAAGGUCACAAUCCUCCGGUGGACCACUUCGUUCGGCCAUGGAUAGGAGCCUACGGUAAAGCACACUUCAAUUAGCAUCUGUUGUAGUUGUAGAUUCACAAAAAAAAGAAACAAAAAUAAGACUGCUCGAGGAAAACAAAAUCGUCAUCGCUUGACCUACUGCGUAUUAGCAACCGCUGGCGUUGCUAAGAGAAAAAAAAAUAACGUCGCUAGCACGAGAAAACGCAAUUUGCAAAUUUUUACUUGGAUUCAACCUGAGCGAACGAUGGCGCUACUUCCACCGGAUCCCGUUUACUGCCUAAAAUCACCGGAUCUCAGCUCCUACCAUUCACUGUGCUUCCAUACUUCCGAACGAUUGCAUGCCGGCACCACCAAGGGAACCGUUCAGCUGUGGGAUUUGCAGAGCAACCGCUCACACUAUACGCUCUCGGUGGGCACCAGUCCUAUCAUCAAUGUUGCGCACACCGAAGAUGCCUUGAUUACUCAGGAAAAGGAGGGCUACGUAAAGCUGUGGGAGCUAACCAACUCGGCGUACGUUCUCCGGCAUGAAGUUGCCACCGGCCACGUCGGUUUCUGUCGCUUCGUGUACCACGGUUCAGCGCAACGUAAUCUUUCCAGUGAAACACCGGCUGUGAUAAUCCCGAAGGCGGGAUCAAGCAUUUCCAUUCUCUGCGGACGUACUUUCUCCGAGCGCCAGCAGUUGACCGUACCGGAAGGAGGUGGGCUACGGCUCGGUACGGUUAUGUGUUUUACACCAAUCGAGCUGGGAGGUGGCAGCUACUUAUUGGCCGGAUACGAGUCUGGCACGAUUGUACUGUGGGACCUGAAUACAUCGAAACCGAUCAGCCAUCUGCAGCUCGAAGCCGGAGAAUGCUUGAUGGCGAUGGACUACGAUCCGGUUACGAACCGCGGAGUAUGCGGUGGGUCCUCCAGCAGAAUCACCGUCUUUUCACUGGACCGUCAAUCGAUGGAAAUUCGCCAAAAAUCCGUUAUAGAAAUCAAGAACGCCGGCGUACAUCGCCUAAGAAUCCGAAAAGACUUGAAGGUGUUCGCCAGUGCCGGAUGGGACGGUCGACUAAGGGUAUUCUCCUGGAAAAGCCUGCGUCCGCUAGCCGUCCUCACGGAGCACAAGGGAGAACUGAUGGACAUUAUCUAUUCAGACGAAAAGGUUUCUAUGUGGAAGGCAGUCAUCAUGGCGGCGGCUGGUUCAGACGGACAGAUCUCACUUUGGGAUCUGUAUAAAUAGCAUGAGAGAGAGAAAAACAGAAGAAGACUUCGCAUGGUGAUAAACAAAAACUUGUUACUUGCUGCUUUUUUAUUACGUGUUUCAAUCUAUAUGUUUUCGUUACUCAGCUUCUGUCGAUAGGCUACUUUGAGUAAACUGACGGACUGUCUGCAUUAUGCAUUAAAUUAUUAUGACUAUGUACAGAUAUUGAUUCUUUACAAAAUAGAAAUCUACAAUGUUGACAGCGUGGAACUUCCGCGGUAUUCUGAUUGUUGGCGAAGCGGAUUACUUUUAAAGUACCUACUCGGUUCGCUUGCACAUCUAUAAUAGAUUUUAAUUUGAACAAUUAAUUACUGAAUAACGGCAAACCUACGACUAGACCAGUAAUAAA